AUGGUAAAGGCAAAGGCAGAGAGAUGGCAGCAUCAUCAGUUGGCUGAAGCACUAGCCCUAAAGAAGGUCAUCAUCACCCGGCAGGAACAAUUGAAGGAAGAGAUGACUCAACUGGGGCAUGAAAUACCACCUGCAAAGGAUCUGAAGGAUCUGUGGAAUGAGCUGUUCAGCAGUGAAAGAGAAGGGGUCAGGUCCCAGAUGUCUCUGCCAGCAGAAGAACCCAGAUCAGGGCAGGAGGAGCCAGAGCUGGAGCCAGAGCCAGAGCUGCAGGAGGAGGAGGAGGAGGAGGAGGAGGAGGAGGAGAAGGAAGAGGAGGAGAAGGAAGAGGAGGAGAAGGAAGAGGAAGAGGAGCAGGAGGAGCAGGAGGAUUGGGAGUGA